CGCACGCGCAUGGAGGGGCGCCCGAGCCCCCCGGGCGAGGCCCGCGUCCGCCGCUCGGCUGCCGCGCUGUGCCGCGGCCCCGUGGAGCCCCUCGUCUUCCUGGCCAACUUCGCUUUGGUCCUGCAGGGCCCGCUCACCACGCAAUACUUGUGGCACCGCUUCAGUGCCGAGCUCGGCUACAAUGGCACCCGCGACAGGGGCAGCUGCAGCAACCACAGCGCCGACCCGGUCAUGAAGGAAGUGGAGACCCUUACCUCCCACUGGACCCUCUACAUGAACCUGGGCGGCUUCCUGGUGGGGCUCUUCUCAUCCACCCUGCUGGGUGCCUGGAGUGACUGCGUGGGCCGCCGCCCCCUCCUGGUGCUGGCCUCCCUGGGCCUGUUGCUACAGGCAGUGGUGUCCAUCUUCGUCGUCCAGCUGCAGCUCCACGUCGGCUACUUCGUGCUGGGCCGCAUCCUUUGUGCUCUCCUUGGGGACUUCAAUGGCCUUCUGGCAGCAAGCUUUGCCUCUGUGGCAGAUGUCAGCUCCAACCGCAGCCGCACCUUGCGAAUGGCCCUGCUGGAAGCAUGCAUCGGGGUGGCAGGGAUGCUGGCAAGCCUCCUGGGGGGCCACUGGCUCCGGGCCCAGGGUUAUGCCAAUCCCUUCUGGCUGGCCUUGGCCGUGUUGAUAGUCAUGACUUUCUAUGCAGCAUUAUGCUUUGGUGAGACAGUGAAGGAGCCGACACCUGCCCGGCUCUUCACGCUCCGUCACCACCGAUCCAUUGUCUGGCUAUACAUGACUCCGGCCCCAGAGAAGUCCAGGAAGCAUUUAGCCCUGUAUUCACUGGCCAUCUUCAUGGUAAUCACUGUGCACUUUGGGGCUCAGGACAUCCUGACCCUCUAUGAGCUGAGCAAACCCCUCUGCUGGGACUCCAGGCUGGUCGGCUAUGGUUCAGCAGCUCAGCACCUCCCGUACCUCACCAGCCUAGUGGGCCUGCGGCUUUUGCAGCACUGCCUGGCUGAUACCUGGGUGGCCGAGAUUGGCCUGGCCUUCAACAUUCUGGGGAUGGUGGUCUUUGCAUUCGCUACCAUCACACCUCUCAUGUUUACAGGGUAUGGGCUUCUGUUCCUGUCAUUAGUCACUACACCCAUCAUCCGGGCCAAGCUCUCCAAGCUGGUGGGCAAGUCAGAGCAGGGUGCUCUUUUUUCUUCGGUGGCCUGCAUCAAUAGCUUGGCCAUGCUGAUGGCUUCUGGCAUCUUCAACUCACUCUACCCAGCCACCUUGAACUUCAUGAAGGGGUUCCCCUUCCUCCUGGGAGCUGGCCUCCUCUUCAUCCCGGCCAUUCUGAUUGGGGUGCUGGAAAAGGCUAAUCCUCAUCCCGAAUUCCAGCAGUUUCCUCAGAGCCCCUGAUCGGCCUGGCCUGGAGGACAGAGGGCAAAGGGAACAAAGUGAACACUAACCAUCUGAAAGUAUACAUCUGGAUCCCAACCCGCAGCAGCAUGGGCACCUCCUUUCCAAGGGCAAGUGUCUACCUUGGACAAAGUGGUCAAACCAGACAGCUGUGCCAGCCUAAGACUCUAAUCUAGAAUUAUAAUGCAGACAGUCCUACUCCAGGAGACAGUGGGGGCGCCAUUGUGAAACAGGGGUCCAUUUACCCUUUAUACCAUCAGUCACGUAGAACCCUUCACGGGAGAGGAGAGGUCCUGUUGGAAGGGCACCUCAGGGACCAGUUGAAGCAGAAGGGUUGAUAGCUUCAACCCAGACUGCCCAGCUCACAGGGUUGUUUCUGGUGUGCAGCCACCAGUCACUCCUCAGUGAUGGAUAUGGUUCUGGGGGGAAGGCUAUGGGAGGGGCUGGGUGCCCUCUGGAGAGAGGUGCUGCUGUCUCUGGCUGGGAAAUCCAUCCUCUGGGCUUAGCAGUGCCAAUCACAAUAAAUUCAUAUAAUCACACUGAAGUGAACCUUCUGGCCCCCGAGGCAUUGGGCUAUGGGGCCCCCUGCUUUCCUGUUCCCAGUCUGCCCACUAUAGGUCAGAUAGCAGUAAGCUUCUGGGCUGGGCAGCAGCCCCCAGAACUACCAUGGGAUGAUGCUGGGCAUCUGACUGCUCAUUCUCUUCUGAGCUACUGGGCUAGGAGAGAGGGUGGUGCUGUGGGGUUGCCAGGCUGGCAUCUGGCCAGCGGAGAGAUUUAGGGCAGAGGCCAUUCCUGAGGGUCAGUCAGAGAUCCGUUCCCCGAAGGCACCUUACUGGUCUACCCAGCUACACUAGCCCAAGCAGGAUCAGUCUGUUACUACUCAACUCUCUAGCACUCCAAUUGCCACAUAUUUCGGCAGGGCUGUGUGCUGAGACCAUCUUUUGUGCAUCUUUAGGUCAAUGGGAACCUGGAGAUGGGCCUGACUGAUUCAAGGGCCCUUCUCCAGGGUGUUGGGAAAGCCUGGCCCACCAGCUGAAAGGCAGAACUGGAAUCAGAAAAACAAAAAAAAAACAAACAAACAAAAAAGAACUGGAAUCAGUAUUUAGGCACCUGCUUUGAUGAGGGCUGUAAGCCCCCACAGAGACCCAAGUCAGGUGGCACUUGACUGCAAACAUGAAUUGGCCAACAGGGUUCGGCUCCUGGCUACCCUCCUCUCACCUGCCCUGAAAAUCACACCAGUGAAAUGGAGUGGUGCAGGGCAGACCAGGGUCAAUGUCUCUGUCAUUGGGAGACCAAAGCAAGGAGAGGGCCUUCCACUGUCUUGUCUCAGCAUGAGGCAGUGAGGAGUCAGGGAAAGUUUCUGGGCUGGCCUCAGGCCUGGGCUAUACUCUAGGCACUGCCUCUGGCUUGCUUGUGACCUUGAGCAAGCCCUUCUAUGAAGGGCUAGAUAAACAGCGCCCAUGAAUUGUCUGGUCACAGGUGGACAAGUUAGGAAACACUGGGUUAGAUGAUGUUCUGAGCCCCUUCUCACCUCAUACAUUUUAGAAUGAGAUGCCUCUCUUCCUGGGCAGGGGAGAAGGAAUGAGUUGGAGCUGGACUUCUUGAUCUCGGAGUAUCCCUGAGCAGUCCUUGGUCCCGGGGGAUGGGCGAGGUGAGGUAGGUAGGGACCUAGCUGACAGCCCUCACUAGAAGCAGCAUCUACACCCCAGCCAAGUAGAAAACCCUGACCCAGCAGACCAAUGUCUGAGCAGGCUUUGUGGGGAAAGGCUGUUUCUCAGCUCAGGUUCAGGACCAGCCCUGUGGGGCCAGGCCUGGGUGCAAGGUGAUGGUUAAGGUGCCUGCCCUGGCUAUAACCUGGGCAGUCUGUCAUGGCACACUGGCCCGGCUGAGGUGAGGGCCAUCACCCCAUCACCUCGGCUGCUCUGGUGAGGUUGGAGGCUGGGCUCUGAUUCCCCAGAGGCAGGAAGGGGCAGCAAGAGAAGGUGUAUGAACAGAAGACAUGGCCUGGCAACCUCCCAGAAUGCUGCCUGGGGCGCCUCACGAGGGAGUGAGACUGAUCAGGGACAAAGAGAAAGCUUCCCCUGGAGGGUACUCAUCCCAUUGUAUUGUUACUUUCUCUGCUCUAUGAGGGCAGUGUCUAGGCCACUUCAGUCACCACCACAUCCAGGGCCUGGCACUGGUGGGCACUGUUGUGGCAUGAAGGAAGCAGGGUCAAGAGUGGCGGGGGCCAGGAUGGGCUAAAGUGUAUCUUCGGCAGGAUAGGGAGCAGAAAAGGAGUCCCAAGCCUGGAGUGAGACCUCUGAUCCUCUGAUGAUGUGGCUCAAGAGCUACGAGUGACCUGGCUAGCACUUGUGGGGGGUGGCUCUGAAAGCCGAGCCAGCCUGAGGUGUGAGGAGGGGAGGUAAGGGAGGGUUCCAGCUGAUCCUGUUAGCUGAAGCCCGGGUUUACUGGAAGGAGGAGACCUUCUUGCUCUCCCACCUAGUGGAGAAAGGGGCAGAGGGAUGUUCUUGCUUUACUUCUGCAUAGCUUUUGGGCCAGCCUAUUUUGUGUGUGAAAACCUGUCCCCCACUGCCAGACCCUUGGGGCAGAGGAGAAGCGAGCUGUCAGUAGAGUGACAGCCCUGCCCAGGGCACAGCCUCCAGGAGGAUUCUCAGGACAGGCAGUGGACUGAGCACCAGAAGGCCGGGUCUGGAUCCUGGGGCUGACUCUACUGAAAUGUCAUGUCAUUCAGUUCCUUCUCUGUAAAAUGGAGAAAAUAUGGGUUGGGUUGCUCAGGUGAUGGCAGAAACUAUGGUGUGGGAUGUCGGGGGAAAUGGCAAAGAUUUGUGAGGGAUUUGUGUUUUAGAGCCUCGCUAGUUGAAGUGUCAUUCCUUAACCAUCUGCAUCCACUCACCUGGGAUUUUGUGAGAAAUGCAGAAACCUAGGCCCUGCCCAGGUCUCCUGAAUGCAGUUUUAGGAAAAUUCCCAGGGGAUUCCAAUGAGCCCCCCACCCUUCUUCAGAGUACCGCCUCUUCCCGUGUUGCUACAGGCUGUCCAGCCGACUGCUGUGCCACGAGGCAGGGGCUGCCUCUCCUGGCCAUCCCCUGAGCAGGUGGGUAGGGAGGGGUUGGCUGGGGGAGCCAGCUGAGCCUGGCCAGCAGGGACUGAGGCACAGCAACAAGGCAUGGGUAGGGUAGCUAGCUGCCUGGCGAGACCCAAGCAGGCCCAGACCCAAGCAGGCAGCUCCCUUGCACCAGUGAGUGCAGCAAAGCUGACCACAGCUGCAGACCAGCCAGAGUGAGGGCUGGCUUAGCCCCACCCUGACCCCGGGUGUGGUAAGAGGACUGCACCUCGGGAAGGCUGGGAGGGGACUUGGGACCAGACCAGCUAAGGACAGUGAGUGGUUAUAGGUCAAGGCCACGGGGUGGCAGGAAGUGGUGAUCCCAGAAGCCAGGCACCAUCUAGGUGGAGAGCCAUCACUGAACCCCCACCUCCAGCUGGCUGCUAGGCCUCAGCCCUUUGCUUAGCCCAGGGGGGUGGGCAUUGCCCUAACUCUUGUCAGAGGCUGCCUGCCUUCCCCCUAGCCAAGCUGGCUGCUGACAGGGCGGGCACGAGGUAGGUGGGUAUAGUGUGUGUAGUCUCAACCUCCAGAGUCUCUCCCACACCUGAGAUAGAGAACCUGGUGGCAGAGACUAGGGAGGUCUGGCCCUUACCACCCUCAAUGCCUGCCUUCCCUUCCCUUUCCAGACACCGAGGAGGCUGGGUUUGAGGUGGGCCAUGAGGGUGGGGGCAGAGUGACAGCCAUUUUCUGAGAAGGGCCCAGGCUGUUGCAGUUGAGAGAGACCAGUUUGAGGAGCUGCUUCUUCGGGAAGGACGAUGGAAAUGGGGGUCACAACAGGCCUUGGGAACCAAGGACUGGUUAAGUUGGGCCCAUGAGUACAGCACCCUCCAAACUGGUGUCAGAGCCUGCAGAUGAGUCCCGGGAGGAGCGGCCCUGCAGGAAGCGGAUGAUCUUCUCAAUUGUGGCCUCCUGGUACUCAUGGGACCACCUGUGGGCACAGAGGCUGGUGGGUUAGGGGGCCAGCAGAGGAUGCUGCUGGCUGAGGGCUGUGUACCCACCCCUCUCCUCACUUGAUGCCGUUGAAGGUGAGCACAGCCUGCAUGUCCUCAGGCAGGUCCUCGGGCUCUGGCCACUCGAAGCCAUCGAUGACCGGCACAAUGUUCUUGCCGCAGCUCAAAGCAGUCACAAUCUCCUGCAGAAAGAAAAGAGGAGAGGAUGAGACAUGGGUUCCGAUCUAGGGACCCUGGGGCCAGGCAGACAUUGGGAGGGGUGUUGGUGCUGAAGUCCACCUUGACUUCUCCUUACUCCUUGUGGUGUAAUAACCAAAUAUUUGAUCUUUGCCCCAGGUCCUUGGCAUAGAGCUCCUGAAACAGGGAAUUUCUGGAUGACUGGAGGUUGGGGAUGGGGGUGCCCAGGUAGCUUCCAGGUGGGGGCUGGUUGCCAGGAAGGCCAAGCCAUGAUGAAAAGGUUGGAACUUUUAAGUACCCCUCAUACAUUCACAGAUGCACUCCUUCCAGGAUGGGAGAGGGGCUGGAGAGGGAGUUCACUCACCAGUGGCCAAUGACUAAAUCAUGCCUCCAUAACGAAACCUCCAUAAAAUCUCCCAAGGAGGGGGUGGGUUGGUGAGCACAUCUAGGUGUUGGGAGGGUGGCUGGAGAGGGCAUGGGAGCUCUGUGCCUUCCUGCCUGUGCCCCCCACACCCCAUACCUUGCCCUAUGCAUCUUUUACAUUCAAAUGUUUCUGAGUUACAUGCUCGACAAUAAACCAGUAAUAGUUAAA